GCUUCAUCAACAUUUUAUCAAGUACAGUAUUUCCCCUCUCAACAACACACACCACUCGAACACAACACAAUACCCAAAGAGCAAACGAUCGUCCGACCGCAAACAUGAGACUCACAGCGGAGCUCAUCCAGAACUCCCUCUCGUACCUCAAUCCGCUCAAGGAGCGCGAACUGGAUCUCCGAGGUUCGUGGACAUAUUUUUAUUAAGAACUGAAAAGAACUGAUAUACUACACUUGUUUCUUUGCUUCUACCCAUCUAUCUUGCCUGUGUUUUGUGGAAACCCCCCAUUUUGUUGUUGGAGGGAGGCAAUGGGGUGGUGCGAUGAUUUGAUUUCUGGGAAAAUUGGUUGAUAUUCAUAUUCUCUUUUUGGGGAGGUUGUAGGUCAUAAGAUACCGGCGAUUGAGAAUCUGGGUGUUGCUGGGGUAUGUGUUUCCUUUUCUUUACUUUCCUCUGCUUUCUAGUCCAAUUACUGACCGUAAAUGUCCUUAGCCACACGAUGCAAUCGAUUUCACAGACAACGAUAUCCAAUUCCUCGGCGGCUUCCCCCUCUCCCCGCGACUACGAACCCUCCUGCUGGCCCGCAACCGCGUGAGCGGCAUCCAGGCUACGCUUGCGCAGUCGGUGCCGAAUCUUAGUAUGCUGGUGCUUACGGCGAAUGAUUUUAAGGAGCUCGCGGAUUUGGAUGGGUUGGGGGCUUGUAGGGGGUUGGUGCAUUUGGUGCUUAGUGAGAAUCCGGUUACGAGGAAGGAUGUGAGUCUACUUUUUGCUGGUUGUGUAAAGGGGGAAGAGGACUUAGAGGAGGGAAUGGUAGAGGGAGAUGCAGGAGAUACUGGGGGGUUUGGGCUCUUGCUAAUUGGUUGUAGCAUUAUCGAAGUUGGGUCAUUUGGAGAUGUCCUACGGUUCGAUUUCUAGAUUACAAGAAAGUCAAGGACGAGGAGAGAAAUCGGGCUAAGGAAUUAUUCGGGACAGUCGAGGAGCCUACGGAACUAGCUUCGAGGGUUUGUCUUCCCUCUUCCUAUACCCUAUUUUCUUUUCAAGAAACCAAAGUAACAGAAACCAGACUAUGGGCGUCAAAUCACGUACCUUCGAUACCCCAUCCGCAAAUGGCAUCGCAGCCGCCCAAACAAACAAGAACUACCGUGUCAAACUUACGGAUAAGGAGCGGAAGAAGGUAGAGGAGUUGAUUCGGAAUGCGAAGAGUUUACAGGAUAUUCAACGGCUGGAGAAGGAGUUGAACGAGGGUAGGGUUCCGGCUGCGGCGCAGGGAUAUGAGGGUGAUGCUAUGGGGGAGUAAGGGGACAUGGAGAUUUUUCAAGAGGGUUUCUUUCCUCUCUCCGUGAAGGAAGUAGGCAUAUUAAUGGCAUUACUUUGGCAUGGUUCAUUGAAAAGUUGUGGCGUUUAGAGAAUUUGCUGGGCUUUGGCUUCUGCUUUUACUGUGAGGAGGGAUGAAUAUGAGAAUGCAUAAGUUUGUAUGUGAAUAGAAUUACUUCUUGUUUGCA